CGAAAAAGAUCUUUUCAGUUUGGUAGUUUUAGUAUAAAAGUGGAUAAGAAAGUAGCAACACCGACCAGUGCUGCCAACCUGGAAAAUUCUCUACCAAAAAUCGAUUGCAGUUACGCGCAGGCUCCGUAGCAAAGUACAGUACUAUCUAAUACGCGAACCAGGAAGUAUUUUAUACAGAAAAAUAAUAAAUAAUUAAAAACUAGUGCCAAGUAUUGGUAGAAUCUAAUUUUUAUAUUCAAAAGAAAAAAAUGUCCGCCAAGCCGUGAGUGAAUUGGAAAAAUUAUAAAAAAAUCUCGUGAAAUUUUAUAUUUAGACGGAUAAAAUUAAAUUUGUUACAACGGCUCCCUUAACAAGCAUAGUUUUCAUCGAUCAAAUGUAUAAGUCGGCUUAUGCCGUCGACAAAAACGCCUGUAAACUAGAGUGUACGGAGUCUGAGGAUCACUUUCAUUGUAUAUCACUGCCCCCUGACAUCAAAAUAUGUCUCUACCCAGAGAAUUCAACUUCAGUCAAGAGUUGUCAAAGCUCGACACUCAGAUCCUCGGCACGUCAGCUCCACCGACGUCCACGGCUCUGUCCUGCUCCAUCGACCUGCCGACAGAUGUCAUCUCAGAGGCUGUCUUGUCUCCGGAUAAGGCAGGUUCCCUCAUGUCGGUCCAGUCAGCUCCCCCAGAGCAGAGGGAACGACCAGCGAGUCUGCUUCUUGAGUUGCCAUUAGCCACGCAAGUUGGUGCAUAUCUCUCCGCGAUGUCCCCCACGGAGCAGGAGGAGGACUCGCUCCUAACUCUCUCGUCCGUGACAGCUCGCCCGCUGCUCGCCGCGUCCAGAAAGCUGCGCCCUCCGCCCGACUCGUCUGCCGAGUCCACAGCUCCUCCGGACGGCGGCUACGGCUGGGUGGUGGUGUUCGGAGCCUUCAUGGUGCAGUUCUGGGUGGCUGGCCUCUUCAAGUCCUAUGGAGUGCUCUACGUGGAGAUCAUGGAGACCUUUCCUGAGUCCUCAGCGUCCAUCGCGUCGUGGAUACCGGCAGCGCUGUCAACGCUGUGCUUGGCUCUUGCGCCUCUAUCCUCUGCCCUCUGCGAGAAGUACUCCUGCCGGCUCGUGGUCUUCAUCGGAGGGCUGUUCUGCGCCACCGGGCUCGCGCUCUCCUACUUCAGCACUGGGUUACUCCAUCUCCUGCUCAGUUUUGGAGUGAUGACUGGUAUCGGAGGCGGGCUGUCAACUACACCUGGUAUUGUCAUCGUGUCUCAGUACUUCGAUAAACACAGGGCAUUGGCGAACGGUAUUUGUGUGAGCGGGACAGCAGCUGGUAGCUUCGUGUUUCCGAUGUUAAUUGAAAAACUGGUCGAUAUGUAUGGUUUACAUGGCACUGUGUUGUUGUUGGGUGGUGGUAUGCUCCAUGUCUGCGUAUCAGCCACACUGUACCGCCCCGCACCACUCAGCUGCAACUCCUCGGCCUUGGCAGACAGGACACCAGCCACCACUACCACCACUGAGCACACCACGCUGCUACAUGAUAUACAGGAAGACCAAGGCAUUAUGUUUAAGUCCGACUCCCAGAAAGACAACCACCUUCAGAGCCUGUUCCAACCAGAAACAGAGCUGAGCCUGAACCAGAAGAACCUGCUCCUCAACGAGGAUAUGAAGAGGACCAACCUCAUCACUGAGAUCAUGCAUCCUAGUUUAAUUGAAGUGGCCCGUCAACAGAUGCAAACGCAGCAUUCAGAUUCGGAAGAUUCAGAAGGUUUAGAUGUUCUAGGUGUAGUUGGUCUACCUAAGGAAGUGUCACGUCUCCGUCUGCGUCCGACACGCUCCUCCUCGAUCCUGCACUCCGUGGAGGACUUGUCUACUGACAGCACUUGCGUUUAUAAAGCGAGUAGACGACAUCUUAGUAGAUCACUUUACAUCCGACCACCUCCCAGCCGCCUCGCGCAGAAGCUGUCAGAACCCAUCGUUAUCAAACAAGAAGAAGUACAGAAAGAGGUGCAAGAGGAGAAGAAGCAAGCGGGCUGUGUCGAGAAGAUAUCCAGGUAUCUGGACGUGUCGCUCCUGAAGUCUUGGCGUUUCGGUCUGCUCUGCGCGUCGGUAGCUCUCAUGUCUUGUGGCUCGCCAUACGCGCUGUACUACCUGCCUGCCUACACAGUCGCUCUGGGACAUAGCAAGUCAGCUGCCGGACACCUGGUCGCCAUAAGUGCAGUUCUAGAUCUCUGCGGAAGACUGGGACUCGGCUGGCUGUGCGACCUGCAUCUGUUUUGCAGAAGAAAGGCCUAUAUAGUGAGUAUUCUGGUGGCUGGUAUUGCAGUGCUGUGUCUCCCUAGUCUAUCAUCUUGGUGGGCGCUAGCUGUUGCAUCAGGAGCAUAUGGCCUCUGCCUGGGUUGCUGGUUCCUUCUGGUUCCCGUACUUCUAGCAGACGCCUUCGGAACAGCCCGCAUCGCGUCAUCCUACGGUCUUGUAAGAAUGUUCCAGAGUCUCGCUGCUGUAUCUGUGCCCCCAACUGCAGGUCUAUUACGCGAUGUAACGGGCGGUUAUUCUUGGUGCUUCUACGGCAUGGGUUCGUGUAUGGUACUAGGUUCGAUUCCCGUCAUAGUUUUCCACUUGAGCACGAAAAACGAAGACUCCGACUCCUCAGUCGAUUGAAGCAAAAAGUUGCGUCUUUUUGGGGUCUGGCAUAAUGGGGUCUAUAAUCGUAUUAAACGUAUGUAUUUUCGGGGGUCUUAUUAGAAUGGAUAUUAGUGGGGUCAUUUGACCUUGGGGUCUAAAGUAUCGUUCUUUGGGGGUCAUUUAUAAUAGACCUUGGGGGUUGUUGUAUUAUAUUAUAUGUGUGUAUUGAAUUAAAUAUUGCAGUGUAGAAGAG